UACCAUGGGCCUGAAGAAUAUCUGAGGACUGAGUCAGACGCUGGGAAAGACAGAGGGGCCAGCCAGCCUCUCUACCACAGGUUGUCAGGAAUAACAACAAAACUAAGGAACUCUGUGAACCGAAACAGGAGGAAUAACUUUGUACCUGUACUGUGAAUAUUUUGGCAGCUGCACGAAGACUUUGGCGUCAGAGACCAGCCAGGCUCAUAACACAAAGACUUUGGCGUCGGAGACCAGCCAGGAUCAUAACACGAAGACUUUGGCGUCAGAGACCAGCCAGGAUCAUAACAAAUGAAAUGCAGUCUCAGCAACGUGUGGACAUCCUGGACCAUCUGAACGGCUCUCGUAUCGUCUUCUCUGACGAUGGCCCUCCCUCCAGCCAGCAGCAUCACCUGUCCCCUCUAGACCUGACCCAGGAGGUGGUGGUCAUCUCCCCGGGGCUCCCCACCCCCCUUCUCAGCCCCUUCCGUUCKACAAGACUGCCACCCGUGGAGCUCAUUAAGGUCUCAGAGGUCAAUGGGAGUGACCCUCUUACCGACCCUCUUCGUUUUGGAUCAUACUAUGGCCCUGCUCAAUCAAAUGGGGGUCUUUCUAAUGGAGUCCAGACCAGGGGCUCUUCCACUCUGCCACGCAGUGUUGCUACAAGGGAGGAGCGCCUCAUCAAGUUCUCUGGGAUCGGCCCAGUGGAUGAAACAGGGAUGCCCAUCGCCUCAAGAUCAAGCGUGAACAAGCCCAAAGACUGGUACAGGAGCAUGUUCAGGCAGAUCCACAAGAAGCCAGAAGAAACUGACGAGGACUCUGAGCGAUGGUCUGCUGAAAGGAGCCGGGCCCUUGCUGCUGACUCAGCCGGUGGGCAGCAGACUCAGACCCAUAUGGACAAUUACGGAGCCCUCCCUGACUGGAGUGAGCUGGGGGUUGAAGAUAAGCUUUCAGACCGAUGGGGGGAGCCACCACAACCCAGGAGCAUAUUUGACUUUGAGCCUGGACAGAGCACCACCUCAGAGGUCCACAGCCAGCUUCAGGGUCAGCCAGCCCAGAAGCCCCAGCAGCCUCCCAUACAGCUGGCCCAGCAGCCUCCCAUACAGCUGGCCCAGCAGCCUCCCAUACAGCUGGCCCAGCAGCCUCCCAUACAGCUGGCCCAGCASCCUCCCAUACAGCUGGCCCAGCAGCCGCCACAGCACAGACCCACAGAGAAACCCUGGUCCCCCAUAGAGAAGCCGUCUAAGCCAUCCGCCUUCGAGGAGUCUCUGCUCUCUGAGCUGAGCUGUUUUGAGGCUGAGCUGGACUCGGACAUCCAGGGCCUGGAGAGGAGGCUUUCCCAGAAGAAGCAGACACGGCGAGGCCGGGGUGAGGGUGCCAGGAACGCUGAUCCAGGAACUGCUGCAGGGACAGGGACAACACAGGACAACAGCUCUUUGACUGGAGCAAAGCAACCUCUCCAUCGUCCCAUUGUCCCCACAACAGCUGUUGCUCAGAGGGCAGACCCUAGUCCCACACAUGAACGCCUCUCCCCUGCACCUGAAGUCAUGGAGUUCCCACCCAAAAGACCGGAGAAGCAGAUGAAAGCAGCAAGAGCCAAGUUCAAUUUCCAGGCUCAGUCACCCAAGGAACUGUCUCUACAGAAGGGAGACAUUGUUUACAUCCUCAGGCAGGUAGACGCCAACUGGUUUGAAGGAGAGCAUCAUGGGAGAGCCGGUAUCUUCCCCACAACCUAUGUGGAGAUUGUCCCUCCUACAGAGAAGCCCACACCCAUCAAGUCUCCCACCAUCCAGGUGCUMGAUUAUGGACAAGCAGUGGCUCUGUUCACCUUCAAUGCAGACCUGCCUGUUGAGCUGUCCUUCCGUAAAGGCGAGGUGAUCAGUGUAACCAGGCGUGUGGAUGACAGGUGGUUGGAGGGCCGGGUCCCAGGGACUACCAGGAGUGGCAUCUUCCCCACCAACUACGUCCAGGUUAACAAGUUGCCCCGCACCAAAUCAUCCUCUGACGACUACCCAGUUUGCCCCAUGUCACCCACAUCCCCAGAGCCAAUGAGUCCAGGGCGCCCUCUACACUCACCCUGCUCUCCUUUGACCCGCUCYCCUCGGAGUCUGACCCCCUCCUCCCGCAGCCCUGAACCAGGAUUUUCCCCCCUGAAGCCGUCCUCACCCAUACCCCAUGGCACAGUAGCUUCCCAUUCACGUUCAUCCCUCCAGCCCUCACUAUCCAAAGAAGCACCCAAUCACUGGCCACACCCCACUUCAUGGCCUGCCUCCCCCACCCCCCAGAACAACCCCUGGGGAGGAGCACAACCGGCUUUGCACAACUCCAUUGGCAGAGCUGAUUCACCGUCCAAUCAGAUGUCCCCAUCUGCACACAGGGGAGGAGCAGCCCCGAACAACAUCCCCAAAACAAGAACGACCAACAAUGCUGGCUCAACAGUAGUGCAACGCCAACCAUACAAAGCAGUUUACAACUACAACCCACAGAACAGAGAUGAGCUGGAACUGAGAGAGGGGGACAUCGUACAAGUGAUGGAGAAGUGUGAUGAUGGCUGGUUUGUAGGUACGUCAGAAAGGACACAUGCCUUUGGGACRUUCCCGGGGAACUAUGUGACACCAGUGUAACUGCUURACUCUACCUGUCCACUCCACAACCACAUGGACUGUAGUGGACACAUGACUAUUAGAUAAACCAGCACAUCAGAUCAUUCCAGCAGCCAUAUGAUCAACCCCUUACCACAACACCCACUUUCACCAACCUGGUUUAGUCAGGUCUGCAUGUUCACAUCAGCCAGUGACCACAGCUGUUGACCAUUGUGCAGCUAGUCUGGAGGUAGGAACACUGUGUGGUUUGACACCUCACCCCCAGCAUGUGGUCCAUCACUGAAUAGUCUUGGAGUGAUUUUCACAGACACUGCUUGAAUGGAUAGAAUGAAUGCUGAUGAUACUGUUCCAGGUACAGUAUAAAGAAAGAACUUUGUCCUCAUUGACUACAACUAAAAUGACAUUCCUUCAGUACAGUUCAGCUACUUCUAUGUGUUCGGCUUAGCAUGCACCUGCUGCACUUUGUCACCCAAGUGCCGUCACAGACACAAAUGCCUGAGAAUGUUAUGUUCUCUAUAACGUAGACAGAAUGAAUGUUGCCUUUUAAAUGUCUUCCUACACUUUGAUUUCAGAUCAAUAAUAGCGUCCUGGGUGUGCCGAGGCUACAGCACUGAUAUGACCGUCCAAUAUACAUGAAUGGAUCACUUACUUUAUUAUUCCAAACAAUGGCAUCAAAUAUUUGUUGCUUGGUUACAAAAUAGUUCUGCUGACUCUCCAUUUGUUCAAGAUUGUUUGCUCUGCUGCAUAGAGUACUAAUACAAUCAAGGCGACGUC